AUGGGCAUGGCAGGCACUGUCGCCAAUGGCGGCGCUCCUCGGCCCUCGAAGAUCCCCUAUUGGCGCCUUGUCUUCGACCAAAAAGUCGUCACCCCGGAGAUCAUCGAUUUUAACUACGAAGGGUUAGGGACAGAAGAAUCGCCCUAUGUCGUCACCUGGCUUCCUAAUGAUCCUCGAAACCCUAUGGCUUUUGGUAAUCUCUCGAAAUGGGUAUAUACUAUCCUAGUUUCCUUCGUGACCCUUACUGUCGCCCUGGUGUCAUCAGCAUACUCGGGAAGUAUAAGUCAGGUUGUUAUAGAGUUUCAAUGUGAGGAAGAGGUUGCCAUCCUCGGUAUCUCGCUAUUCGUUUUGGGCUUCGCCUUCGGCCCGCUACUAUGGGCUCCGAUGAGCGAGGUGUUCGGACGCCGUAAUGUUUUCUCGGUGACCUUUGCGCUUCUCACAGCUUUCAAUGCAGGGGCUGCGGGUUCAAAGAACAUUCAAACGCUGGUCAUCCUUCGCUUCCUGGCCGGAUUCUUCGGAUCAUCACCUUUUGGCAACGCGGGCGGCACGAUUGCAGAUUUGUUCCCCGCGGCCAAACGUGGUAUCGCUAUCAGUCUCUUCGCUGCAGCACCUCUUUGCGGACCUACUAUUGGCCCCGUCAUUGGUGGCUUUCUGGGCGCCGGAGCAGGCUGGCGCUGGGUGGAAGGAUUCCUGGCAGCAUUUUCCGGCGUGAUGUGGUUAUGCCUUAUCUUCUUCCUGCCGGAGACAUAUGCACCAGUUCUCUUGCGCCGACGGGCUGAAAAGCUGUCUGAAUUGAGUGGCAAAGUCUACCGCAGUAAACUGGAUAUGGAGAGAGGCAAGGUGUCUUUAGGCCAAGCAUUGAAGACUGCCCUGUCACGACCUUGGCUCAUGCUCUUCAGAGAACCUAUUGUGCUGCUUCUCUGUAUCUACAUGGCCAUCAUCUAUGGAACGCUUUACAUGCUGUUUGCAGCUUAUCCUAUCGUCUUUCAGGAGGCACGCGGUUGGAGCGAGGGUAUUGGAGGCUUGGCCUUUUUGGGUAUCCUAGUCGGAAUGGUAAUUGCAGUUGCUCUCACUAUUCCUGACAACCUAGAUUAUGCGAAGAAAUGCCAGCAAGCCAACGGCCGUCUGCCUCCCGAGGUUCGUCUGCCCCCAAGUAUCCUUGGAGGGAUUGCCCUACCUAUUGGCCUUUUCUGGUUUGCCUGGACCAACUACCCGUCCAUCCACUGGAUGGCAUCUGUGGCUGCAGGUGCCCCAUUCGGGUUCGGCUUGGUAUUGGUAUUCCUGAGUGUUUUCAACUACCUCAUUGACGCAUACACGAUCUAUGCCGCAUCGGUUCUGGCGGCGAACUCGGCUCUCCGGUCUUUGCUCGGCUUUGCGUUCCCGUUGUUCACGACCUACAUGUACGAGAACCUCGGUAUCCAUUGGGCUUCCUCAAUCCCCGCGUUUUUGUCGCUUGCGUGCCUUCCUUUCCCUAUCGUCUUCUACCUGUAUGGUGCUCGCAUCCGCAAGCGCUGCCUCUAUGCUGCCCAGGCAGAGGCGUUCAUGCAGAGACUUGCUGCUGCGGCGCAGCAAAGCUCGGCUCCUCCACCCAAGUCUGACGUGGAGAAGGGGGAAUCUGUCGCUGGAGCUGAUAAUGUUGUCAGCGACGAUAGUGAUAGUGACAGCCUCUCCAGUAUGCCUUCUAGGGGUGCAAUGGAACGGCGGGCGUCGCGCGCUUCCAAGAAAUCCACUCACUCGCUUGCUCGUACAGUCACAUACGAGGAGAAUCCGUACGAUAUUGAUCGAGUCAAUACGUGCAACUCUACUAUCAGCGGCCGUCCUAGGAAGAAUUCGACCAAGGCAUGA